CAGCUCUUCAUCACAUUCGUUUGGUAUCUAAAAGUUGCAACACUUCAUUGCAUUAGUUCAGUGAUUGUAAAGACCAACAGAAUCUGACACUUUUUAUCAGAGGAGAAGAUUGUUCAAAAUAUUCUGUAUACAUAUUUCCAUAACAAAUUUCUGUAACAUAGAAGGAUACAAUGAAUUGAGGAAGUGAAUCUGUAAAUUUAUAAUAUAAAUAUUGGAAUGGCAAUGGGAAUAAGAAGAUAUUAUUUGAAAAAAAUCAUGAUCAAGAGGUACGCAGUUAUACUAAUCGACGUAUUGCUGCUUUUUUCGUCGAUAAUUUAUAAUAUUAUCAAAGGAAUCUAUAAACUAUGCAUUCCGGACGCAGAAAAAAGUGUACUUGGUGAAGUCGUUCUGAUUACAGGCACUGGACAUGGCAUUGGUAGAGAACUGGCAUUAAAAUAUGCCUCAUUGGGGGCGACUGUUGUCUGUUGGGACAUAAAUGAACAGGGGAACAAUGAAACCGUCGAAGAAAUCAAACAAAACGGCGUCUCUAGAGCUUACGGUUAUAAAUGCGACGUAUCGAACAGAGAGGAGGUUAUUGAAACAGCAGAGAAAGUGAAGAAGGAAGUGGGAGAUGUAACAAUCUUGAUUAACAAUGCUGGUAUAAUGCCCAGUUACCAUUUCGUGGAUCAUACACCCGAACUUAUUAAACGAGUAUUUGACAUCAAUGUAUUGUCACAUCACUGGAUUCUUCAGGCUUUCUUGCCCAAUAUGAUACAAAACGACUACGGUCAUAUCGUUUCUAUUUCGUCAAUGGCUGGACUUUUUGGUCUACCCAAUAUAGUUCCUUAUUGUUCUUCAAAGUUUGCAGUAAGAGGAUUAAUGGAGGCACUGUGCGAAGAACUGCGAGUACAAAACGGAGGAAAACCAUCAAAUAUCAAAUUCACGACAAUUUACCCAUACAUGGUAAACACAGGACUCUGCAAAAAACCAUUGUACAGGUUCCAGAGCAUGCAGUUGAUUUCAAUAAAAGAGGCAGUUGAUGCAAUAAUUAAAGCACAACGGCGAAAUAUCAGAGAAGUUUCCAUUCCCUCAUAUUGGUUUUAUAUUAACUCUUUUAUGAGGUGUAUGCCACAUUCAUGCAGAGAACAUACAAGCAAUUUUCUGAAAAUUGGCGUUGAUGUAGAAGAUUAAAUAUCUUAUAAAUUCUUGUAAUAAGUUAUGUAAAAAAAAGUGUUUAUUUAAUAGUUUUAUAAUUCAUAAUGAUACUUUUAAAAUGAUAUCUUAUAAUAAUCUUCAAUUAUGUACUUAUGGAUCUUAAAUUUGCAUUAUUAUUUAUUGAUAAUUUGUAAGGAUGUAAUCAUAAUAAUAAUAUAAUCAAAAUGCAAGUGA